AUGGCAUCCAACACGACUGCCAAAUUCGCGUCACCACCGCCUCCCACACCGACCUACAUCCUCACCUUCCCCGCCCCACACGUCCUCCUCCUAACCAUAAACCGACCGCGGGCGAUGAACAGCCUGAGUUUCGCCUCACAAUGGGAAGCCGACUCCCUAUUCCAAUGGUUCGACUCCGAACCCACCCUCCGCGUCGCGGUCGUCACCGGGACCGGCCGAGCCUUCUGUGCAGGCCAAGACCUCAUCGAACAGCGCGACAUCACCGUCCUCCGCGCGCGACAGGCCCAGGGCGAAGACACUGGCGACAAGCUCGAUCGCAGAUUACUAACGCACCCGCCGAACGGAUUCAUGGGCCUGAGUCGAAGAGUGGGCAAGAAGCCGAUCAUCGCGGCCGUCAAUGGGCAUGCGCUGGGUGGAGGUUUUGAGAUUUGUCUAGGAUGCGAUAUGAUCGUCGCCUCCCCACGCGCGACCUUCGGCCUCCCCGAAGCCGCCCGCGGCCUGUACGCCGCCGCCGGGGGCCUCUCGCGCCUCGUCCGCCAAGCGGGAAUGACCGUGGCCUCGGAGAUCGCCAUGAUGGGGCGGAUCCUCACCGCGCCGGAAGCGGUGCAGCACGGAAUCGCCAACCGCGUCUCGAAAACCCACGAGUCCCUCGUCGACGAAGCCGUCGACAUGGCGUCCAGGAUCGCGAGUCUGUCCCCUGAUGCGAUCAUCGUCACGCGUGCGGGUCUUCGGCAGAGCUGGGAGGACGGCAGUGUGGAGCGGGCGACGCAGAUCACCGAGUUGGAGUACGGCCCGCGGUUGAGGAAUGGGAGGAAUCUCGCCAUCGGACUGAGGGCGUUUGCGGAGAAGAAGGUGCCGGUUUGGGAACCGUCCAAGCUAUGA